AUGGAAGAAGAUAAGAGCCAAGAAGAAAGUAGAAAAGAAGCAGCUGCAGAGGUUGAAAAAGAAGCAGCAGCAGAUGAAGAAGGCAAGGAAAAAGAAAAAGCUGAUAAAGAAACUAACAGAGAAGAAGUUGAGAAAGAAGCAUCAGGAAAGGAAAAGAAGAAGCUGAGGAAGAAACAGCUGUUGCAGGUGAAGAAAGAGAAGAAGCUGAGGAAGAAAAGGAAGUUAAAGAAGCACCAGUUGCUACAGAUGCCAAAAAAAAAGAAGGUAAGAAUGAAGAAGCAGCUGCAGCUGUUGAGAAAAAAAGAGCUGAAGCGGACCAAAAAGAUAUGGUGA